AUGAGAAAUAGCUCACCUCACCUAAACUCACUUUCCUUCUCCCCCCCCCCCCCCCUCCCUGGCUCCCUCGCUCCCUCUCUCACUCAGCUGUGCUACCUCCAUGCUGACCUCUUCAGGCAGUUCAGUGCCAAAGAGACCAAGAAGCAUUUUGUGGAUUUCUACAACACCUUCCUGGACAAGGGUGCAUUUCUCAGAGUGCCCGUACCCCCUCACGUGGCCUACGAGUUGGACCGCACGCGACCGGACCUGCUCACCGAGGAGGUGCAGAAGCGCUUCGCUCAGGACAUACAGAACCUGCUGGCGCCGGACGUCCUGAGACAGCUGGAGGACUUCAAGCAGAAGAGGAUGAUGGGAAUGACCCCCAACGAGCAGGGCCUGGCGGAAGUGGAGACCCACAGGCCUACGGAGAGGAUCCCCCUGGAGAUGAAGGAGAAGGCCGUGGCCGAGGCCCUGCUGGACAAGAUGUCCGAGAUGCACCCCGUCAUCGGCACAGAUGAGGAGAAAUUCUCCUCCAUCUUUGGAGCAGUGGUCUCCUACAUGAAGCACCUUGGAGUGAAGACGAAGGCCACGGACAGUAAGAAGUCCAGGGGCUUCUUCAGGAAGAAGAUUCCGGGCAUGAAGAAGAGUGAGGAUUCCACCAAGUCUAAGCAGAGGUUUCCCAACAUCCUCAGCGAGACGGCGCGCUGGAUCGGGGGCGGCAAUGUUGAAAUCAAAACGGCUAAAUUGGAGAACGAAGGCGACAGAGAGAAGGCGAUCCAGGAGCGAAAGGGUUGCAGUGGCCCCGCCCCUUCCGGCCGCAUGGCGGCCCCCGAGCCCGCCCAGGCGUCCUUCCCCUACAGGAAGCCAGCGCCCACGCUGGCCUCGGGGAGCCUCCAGGGGUCGGAGGGCAGCGAGGGGUCAGGGGUCAGCAUCAGCGUGACCUCCAGCCCGGACUCCCCCCACAGCGAGCUGUGUCUGACCAGCAGCCGCUCGGACCCCCAGUCUGUGUCCGAAUCCGGGGACCUGUCUCCCGCCGGGAUAAUGGGGACCCUGUCCGUCUGGGAGCCCCAGCCCGCCAGCGACAACCCCCCGGAGGAUGGCCAGGACAAAGAGAGACGCAAGCCAAGGCUGCGUCUGGGCCGCAGCGAGAGCCUGUGUGCGGAGAGGCAUCGCUCUCUCCGCGGAAACAGCGCACGAGGGAAGCAGUCUCGCUCCCGCAGCGACGUGGACCUGCAGGCGGCCGCCACCGCCACCGCCGCGCACCCCCCCUCACCAUUCCCCCAGCGCUGCACUCUUGCUGACAGUGGGGCGACGCCCUCGGAGAGCUCCCUCCCCGGCCUGGCCAACUCAGGCCCCUCCCCCACGCAGGAGGAGCUGGAGCCGAGGCUCCUGGAGCUGGAGCAGGAACCGCCCAAGUGGAGGGAGCAGGCCUCUAGCGACGCCCUUAGCAACCUCAGCAAGAAGGAGAUCAAGAGACAGGAGGUUAUCAACGAGCUGUUUGCGACGGAGAUGGCUCACGUGUGCAUGCUGAGCGUCCUGCAGAACGUGUUCUUCCGCCCGCUGGAGCGCGAGAUGAUCAUGCCCCUGACGGAGCUCGCCGCCAUCUUCCCCAGCCUGGACGAGAUCAUCGACUUGCACUAUGCCUUCUACGAGAGCCUGAAGAAGCUGCGGGUGGAGGACAACUACAUCGUCAGAUCCGUGGGAGCGACGCUCCUGCACAUGUUUAACGGUGCAGAGGGUGAAUGGUUCCAGAAGCUCACCGCUCGCUUCUGCAGUCACCAGACCUAUGCCCUGGAGCAGAUCAAAGCCAGACAGAAGAAAGACCCGCGAUUCAACACCUUCAUACUGGAGGCCGAGAGCAAGCCACAGUGCAGGAGACUGCAGCUGAAGGACAUCAUCCCCAGAGAGAUGCAGAGACUCACCAAGUACCCACUGCUGCUGGAGAACAUCGCCAAGAACACAGAGGACAGCGCCGAGCAAGCUAGCGUCCAGCAGGCCGCCGAGUGCUGCCGUAAAAUCCUCAACCACGUCAACGAGGAAGUGAAGGAGAUGGAGAACCUGCUGACCCUGAAGGACUACCAGCGCAGGCUGGACACGUCAGGCCUCAAGCCCAGCAACGAGCUGUACACAGAGUACAAGAGCCUUGACCUGACUCAGAGGAAGAUGAUCUACGAGGGGCCCCUCACCUGGAGAGUCACGAAAGAGAAAGCUCUCGACGUGCAGUGUGUGCUGCUGGGGGACCUGCUGGUGCUGCUGCAGAGGCAGGACGACAGGAUGGUGCUCAAGUGCCAGAGCAAGAGCAGCGGGGGGGUGCAGGAGGGGAAGCAGAUGCUCAGUCCCGUCAUCAAGCUGGACUCCGCCUUCCUGAGGGAGGUGGCCACAGACAACAAGGCCUUCUACGUGAUCUUCACCUGGGACAGCGGGGCUCAGAUCUACGAGCUGGUGGCGCACUCCGUGGUGGAGAGGAAGAACUGGACAGGGCUGAUCAAGACCGAGAUGGACGAGCUCAAGCAGACCAGGAGCUCCAGCAUAGAGAGACAGCGGACCAGCAGCCUGGGAACAAUGGGAGGAGCACUGCUCUACAGCCCCACCACUCUGCAGCCCCCGUCGAGCCCCACAGAGAACGGAGACCUGGCUCUGAAGCACAGCUCUGAUCAAGAUAAGGAUAGCCUGUCUGAAGAGAAGGGCGGGGACUCAAACCAUUCACUGAUGGAUUAUUUCUCGGCCAAUGGCUUCGAUUUGAUCGCUCACAAUAACUCCCCGCAGGAGAAGAUGGCCAAUGGGGCUCUGGAAGAAGUCACAUCCCUGAAGAGUAUAUUUGCGGCCGGCCAAUCAGAGAACUCGCUGCCCGAGAGCGAAAACGGCGGCGUGGCCUCUGAUAGGCUGGAUCAGGAGGCAGAGAGCUGUCAGUCAGCAGAAGAAGGAGCUGGUCAGGAGGGAACGGUGGACGGGGAGCAGGCAGGAGGAGAGGACGGAGAGACGAAGGACAGAGAAGAUGGAGGGGCCGGCGGGCCGCUGGCGCUGUCGCCGGAGAGGGUGGAGGAGGUGCAGAGGCGUCUCCUGAGCCUGGAGCAACAGCUGAAGCAGCUGCAGGCCCUGGAGGAGGAGCACCACCGGCUGCAGGGGCUCCUCUCCAAGCUCGCUCUCUCAGGGGGCAGCUUUCAGUGACGCCUGCCGCCACCUGCUGGACAUCAGAUCACUGUAGUUGCUGGACUUGAGUGGAAGAGUGACUUUGGGGGGGGGGAGGGGGGGGAUUGAUUAGUGCUGCCUGGAACUUCCUGCUUGCCCUCUCUCCGCCCGAGUGCUAUCUCCGCCUCUUCACUGAAGAUUGACAGCGAAUCAUAACCAAUCGCAGAGCUCCGGCGAAGGUCUUUGCUCAAGUGCAGUGCUCCAGCAGCGCAGGAGGGGGAGUGUGAGCGCGUGCGUGUCCGUGUCCAUCUGUCCCAGCGUCUUUGUGUGUGACGGACAGAGAGGUUGGCAAACGGGGUCCAAAGCCAGGGCAGUAUUUUGCUGUUAGUUAUAAACUGUGCUGUAACACAAUCGCACACACACACACACACACACACACACACACACGCACACACACACACUCUCCAGGGUCUGCUGAGAGGAUGCUGUGCUUCCAGUGAAGUUAUUGAACGGUCAGUGACACAGUGAGAAGAAGUAUGGGCCCCAUUACCGGUCCUCAUGCUGAUAACAGUAUUAAUGACAGUGAGACCUGCAAUCGCGCUUGUGUGUAUACAGCUAGCUGAAGUCCACAGUCAUAGCCAAACUAAAUUUCAUCUUUGAAAAUACUUAUUGCUAUUAUCAUUUGUAAUAUAUCUGUUUGAUGAUGACCUCUAUUUGGUCUUCCAUCAUUAAAACAAGUAGUAUGUGUGUAUAUGUGCUAUACAGUACAGAUGUUUUUUUGAAGAAAAAAAAUAUCUUUGAAGCAAUCAUAAUGGAGUUACUUUUUUGCUGUAUUUAAUUUCAAACCAAGUGAAAGUGUAUUGGUAUAUGUUUUUAUUUAGAUCUUUUGGUUUUGCAUCGCCUCUUCAUCGCAGUUGGGGGUGUGUGUUGUGUGCCAUUGUUUGAUUGGAGAGAGAAGAGUACAUUAGCGGAUGCAGAGAAGGAACAGGAUGUAGGGGUGAGCUGGUGAAGGGCGACAGGGAAGAGAAGAAACAGGGAUGGAGGGUGAGAGACAAAUAACUACAGAAGAAUAAAUUCAGUUCUUCAGUUGAGGGUAAAUGUAGAAAGUAAGUGGAUGUGUGCAGGUGUGGAAGUGUAUUUUACGUACUGUACUGUACGAAGCCACUGGCAAUCACACUGGCCUACCAGCACUGUAAAGGCUAAUGGCAUUCAGACAUAUGCGCUUAGAUGUGCGUGCACACACACACACACACAAACACACACACACACACACACACACACACACACACACACACACACACACACACACACACACACACAGGCUUACCAGCACUGUAGAGGCUAAUGACAU